UGGGGUGCUUUAGGAUUGGCGGCUUUAAGGAGAGGAUCUGUCGCAGCAAUCGUGAUGGCAGGCGGUCAGGGAACACGCCUCGGUUUCGACGGGCCGAAGGGAUUAUUUGAUGUUGGACUGCCGUCUAAAAAGUGUCUUUUUCAUUUACUUGCCGAGCGGCUACUUAAGUUGAAGGCAUUCUGUGGAGUACAGCCACCACUUGUCGUGAUGGCCUCCUUGCUCAACAUCAAAGAGACCCAGCAAGCGUUCGAAGCUGCUAGGUACUAUGGUAUGGCGAAGUCGGAUGUUGUCUUUUUCCCCCAGGACACUCUACCGGCCUUUUCACCUGAUGGCAAGCUGUUUUUGCAAAGUGGCACGGAGCUCGCGCUCGCCCCGGAUGGAAAUGGUGGUAUAUACCACGCGUUAAGUCAGUCGGGCACCCUACAGCAACUCGAAGCUCGGGGUAUAAGCCACGUGCAUGUGAUUUCGGUAGACAAUGCGCUC